CGUCCCCGCCGUGCCCCGGCGCGGGCAGGCCCCGGCCCCUUCCCCCCCGCCCCCGGGGGGGGGGGCUCCGCUCCGGAAUCCUGGCCGCUCCCUCCGCGCCGCCCGCCCAGCCGGGGCUGCGCCCGCCGCCGCCGGGCAGCGCGGGGGGUCCCCGGCGGCCGCCCGGCCUCCGCCGUCACACAGGGAAUAAAAUAAUGCUAAUGAAGCAGCCCUUUCCUUGAAGUUCGAGUUUUCAGACUCACUGCCAUAAUGGAUGAGCAGCAAGCUUUGAAUUCAAUCAUGCAGGAUUUGGCUGUGCUUCAUAAGGCCAGUCGUCCUGUAUUGCCCCAGCAAGAAACAGGAAAACCAAAGUCAUCUUCACCUAAAAAACAGAAUGAUGUUAGAGUCAAAUUUGAACAUCGAGGUGAAAAAAGGAUCCUGCAAUUACCAAGGCCUGUUAAACUUGAAGAUCUUGCGGCUAAAGCUAAAGUUGCUUUUGGACAGACUAUGGAUUUACAUUACAGCAAUAAUGAGCUUGUAAUUCCAUUAACCACCCAGGAUGACCUGGACAAAGCUGUUGAACUGCUUGACCGUAGUGUACAUAUGAAGAGUCUCAAGAUAUUGCUUGUAAUACAUGGAAAUACACAGUCACCCAGUGUAAAUAAUAUGGAACCCUUGCCCUCACUGGAAGAUUUAGAUAAUACAGUGUUCGGUGUGACAGACAGGAAAAGGCGACUGUCUGUAAUAGGUUCUAAUACUCGUGAUAGGAGUUCACCUCCCCCAGGAUACAUUCCAGAUGAGCUGCAUCAGGUGGCUCGAAAUGGGUCCUUCACCAGUAUCAACAGUGAAGGUGAAUUCAUUCCAGAAAGUAUGGAUCAGAUGCUGGAUCCAUUGUCUUUAAGCAGUCCUGAAAACUCUGGCUCGGGAAGCUGUCCCUCACUUGACAGCCCAUUAGAUGGGGACAACUAUCCCAAAUCUCGGAUGCCAAGAGCGCAGAGCUAUCCAGAUAAUCAUCAGGAAUUCUCAGUAGAGUAUGAUAUCCCAAUAUUCGAGAAAUUUGGAAAGGGGGGGACUUAUCCCCGAAGAUACCAUAUUUCAUAUCAUCAACAAGACUACAAUGAUGGUCGUAAAACUUUUCCAAGAGCCAGAAGGACUCAGGGGAACAGCUUCCGAUCGCCAGUUAGUUUCAGUCCCACUGAUCACUCGCUGAGCACGAGUAGUGGAAGCAGCGUCUUUACACCGGAAUACGAAGAUAACCGAAUGAGGAGGAGGGGAAGCGACAUAGACAAUCCUACCUUGACAGUCAUGGACAUCAGCCCACCCAGUCGCUCACCACGAGCUCCAACUAACUGGAGACUUGGUAAACUGCUGGGUCAAGGUGCAUUUGGCAGAGUCUAUCUGUGUUACGAUGCUGAUACUGGAAGAGAACUGGCUGUUAAACAAGUUCAGUUUGAUCCUGAUAGUCCAGAAACCAGCAAGGAAGUAAAUGCACUUGAAUGUGAGAUUCAGUUGCUGAAAAAUCUGCUGCAUGAAAGGAUUGUUCAGUAUUACGGCUUCUUGAGAGAUCCUCCAGAAAGGACGCUCUCAAUAUUCAUGGAGUACAUGCCUGGGGGUUCCAUCAAAGACCAAUUGAAAUCAUAUGGAGCACUCACAGAGAAUGUGACUCGUAAAUAUACGCGGCAGAUUUUGGAAGGAGUUCACUAUUUGCACAGUAAUAUGAUUGUCCAUCGAGAUAUUAAAGGAGCAAAUAUUCUGCGGGAUUCAGCAGGCAAUGUGAAGCUUGGUGACUUUGGUGCCAGCAAACGACUGCAGACUAUCUGUCUCUCUGGUACGGGAAUGAAGUCUGUCACAGGAACUCCCUACUGGAUGAGUCCCGAAGUUAUUAGUGGAGAAGGAUACGGCAGAAAAGCAGACAUCUGGAGCGUAGGUUGCACAGUGGUAGAAAUGCUCACGGAGAAGCCCCCGUGGGCAGAGUUCGAAGCCAUGGCUGCCAUCUUUAAAAUUGCCACUCAGCCAACCAACCCCCAGCUGCCACCUCACGUCUCCGACCAUGCUCGGGAUUUCUUGAAACGGAUUUUUAUUGAGGCCAAGCUGCGACCGUUUGCAGAUGAACUGCUAAGACACACGUUUGCACACUAUCACUAACACCUGCCUCAACUCGGCUUGCAUCUACUGCAUUUAUUUUCUAUUUGACUGCACUUUUAUUUUUAUUUUUUACAAAGAAAAAGGAGAAAAAAAGACAAGAGAGAGAAUAUUCUCUUGAAUCUUUGUUUCACUUAGAUUGUAAACAAUCUAAAUUUUGUAUCUAAAAUGAGAAUCUUCUCUCCCCUCCCACCCCACCAGGACUAGAACUUUUUGUUUCUAUAAUGUACUGAUGUGGUUGAUGUAGAUAAAGCACUUUAGUACAUAUUUGUUCCUUAUUUAAAGGGGAAAAAAAAUGACAAAUGCUUGGACAGUCAGGAACUGUGUGACUUUUUCUGACACCGCUGACUGACUCAGGGUGCAGGGAAAAAUAGACAUGCAGCUAAAGGACAAGAAGAUUACUUCUCUGUGAUUCUUCUCUAUAUUGUAGGUACUUGCAGCAGAGAGUUCUAAGUUCUUAUUAUAUUUUAGCAUUUUAAUCAGUUUCUGGAAUUUACAGUUUAAGCUGGAAUAUGCAGUUCUGAGAGUUAAAUGACAAGACUGGAAGAACUUGGAACUCUUUGUACAGCAGUGUGUCUAAAUGGUACUUCUUUGUGACCAAAAGAAAAUAACAAAAUGAGCUCAAAACUAGUUAGACGUUUUGGUGUAGAAUUAUUGUAUUAUCUUAAUAGGAAAAUAAUUGCAGGUAAACAGAUUAUAGGCCCAAACACCUAGGUACUACCAUACUGCAAGGGGAAAAUUUCCAUACUAGACAAGGGUCAGCUAUUGGAUGUAAAUAGUUAGGAGAAUGCCUCCUGCUCUAUCUGCCAAAGAGAACCUCUGUUGCGUAAGCUUAGAGGGAGACGGUUAUCUUAGCUGAUAAAAAAUAGUGAUGUUGAGAGUCAGUUCUCCUCCACAAUCCCUUGAAUGGCUGGAGGGGAAGGGAGGGACUAAUCCUUGUGCAGUAUAUGAGUUACUUGAUUCAGAAUGAGCUACAAGAAAUGUUUUCAAAGCUGUUAAGAGGCGCUAGGAUGGAAUGUAUGUCAACAUCAAGUGCCUGAAUAAUAAAAAAUUCUUCCCAUUGUGCACUAAAAAAAAUUGGUUUAGUAACGCAGGUCAGUCAUCUAGAUGUGUUGAAAAUUCCUGAAAGUUAAACAUCUUUGAACAUCAGGAAUAAGUCACUGAGAAAGGUAAGACUCCAGUUAUAUUUUUAAUAAGGUAACACUGAUGAAUCCUCAUGAACAGGAAGGCACAGCACAGAGAACUGUAUGAAGAAUAGGCCAAAAGUGCAAAGAGAGCCAGCAGUUAAAUAACAUGAGUGUGAUUACUCCAGCCUGAGAAUCCAGAUGAUUGGUGUUUGUCAGAUUUCCAACUGUCAUAAAGCGUACGUUAAUCACUUUUUCUAUUUCUGAAAGAGCAUAAUAAAAGAACAGAAGUAAAACUCUGAAAUAAUGCUUCUCAGUCGAGAAGCCCAGGUACUCAUCAGGUGUAGUGAAUAACUGACUUUUCACAACAGAAAAGUCAGACUCUCAUAUUUUUGUAGAAAAACAACAUAAUUUAAAGGGGCAUUUGGAAAUAAACUAUUGGACUACAGAACUGAAAUUAUGUUUAUUGUUUUGGAUGAUUCAUUGCUUGCUUUUGUUGUUUUGUAGAGGCAGAGUGGGCUGGUACUGUAACCCUUGUCCACUCUGACAAGGCUUUACCUAUUCUGUAUCUCUAGAGGACUAUCAGAGUGACUAAGUGCAUGGAGAUAGAACAAUAAGCUUACCCAUUCCCACAGUCAUUUAUGAGAUUUCUGAAUUUAUUCUACUAAAUUCCAAAUGUUGUACCAGAGCAUAAGCAGGAGUAUGGAUCUAUCCUAAUCACUUUACCUGUAGUGGAGUAAGAAUGACUUUUUCGAGGCCAUCUCUCCCGAGACAGAGUGGUGACUUCUUCAGCUUAUGUGAGUAUUCUACCCAAUUUACAAUUUUUUCGGUCAACGUACACAACUGUGCAAAGUUUCCUGAGCAUGGGAAGAACUAGUCAGAUCAGGAAAAGUGUAGGAGGCUGAAAGGAAAGUCAGCUUGUACUGACUUCUUUUUUUGCUUCUCAGUCACUAGAUAAAAGCUGUGAAGCAGUCUUUAAGGAGAAUUGGUAUAUACUCUACUCUAGAGGACCUUUGCUUUAUAAGCAAAAUAUAGGGACAGUAGGGAUGGGAAGUUUAGUGUAGAACCUAAUAGUUUAUGUCGGUAAUUUAAAGAUCAUAUAGUUGAAAUGAUUGAUUUCAAACAGAUUAAGAAGGUACUAAACUCAAGGUGAAAAUGUAUAUAAAAAUCAGUAGUGGUCAGUGAUAUCUGAAAAGGUAAGGAAAUUUUGUACUACCAAAAAGGGACAUUAAAGGGAAAAUGUAACCAGGUUUAUCUGUAGCAUUCAUAACGUUUAGAUAUACUAUUCUACUAAAGAGAAACUGCACUCUCUGAAGCUUGAAUAUUUUCAGAAUCUAGUUUUCUUAUAAUGUGUCCUUUCUGUGAGACAGUGCUGGGUCAUGUAUAUUGCAAUAUCACUUCCUCAUUGUGACUUUUAAUUACUGAACAAUCAAGUUUGCUGCUUUUGUGCCUUUUCUAAAAAAUGGCAUUCAGUCAUGACAAUGGUCGGUGUUUUGGAGCCAGGAAAAAAAGAAUUUUCAGAGUGCAUUUUUCAUCAUGUCUUUGACAUGUCAGAAAGCUGCCAACGUAAAGACUGUGCUGCUUAAAUGAAGUGGACAUUUCUCAGUUCCAGUGAUUCUAGUAAAAUUUUAUGAAUUUAACCAAGGUUAGGCUUGAGCUAGGUCUUUUUCACCCUAUGGAGAAUUUCUCUACUGACUUAAGUUGCUUAACUUAGAGUAAAUGAGAUGUAAAGAUCCCUGCUCACAACUUCUUGUAUGUCACUUAAAAAGCCACCGGCAUUUUAGAAUCAUGAAUUAGUCCUAAUUAUUGAAUUCAAUUACAAGAAAAUGCCAGUGAAAGCAGUACUGCUGCAUAGUUAGUUUGCUUUUCAGUAAACACAAUGAAGCUGUGCUCUCAAAAAAUAAGGAUCAGUGUUCAUGGUGAGUAUGUGUAUUUUCAAAAGACCUACUUAUCUGCUAAUGCAUUUUAAUAUGCUGUCUGUUGCACGUAUUAAGUAACAAAAUUUAAGCUACUUCUGUGGUAUGGUUUUAAUGAUGUAACUAACAGUCCUGUUAGAGGAUGAUUCAAAGUUUCAGUUGUGUUGUGUUAGAGCAAGUUGUUUAUUUUUAAUUUGUGUGAUAGAAAUAUCCUUACAAGAACUCAAAAAGGUAUGGAUCUAAUAAUUGCAAAGUUAAAUCUGCGUAGUCUUUUUUUUCUUGACAAUUUAAAUAUAGUCUUAAAACUGCAACUUGACUUUCAACGUGAUUUGUAGCUAAAUAGUCCUUUCAGUAUAAGAAAAUGAAAAGGUUUUUUUUUAGCUAGUGCCUUUUUAUCUGUAUGCCUUAAUUUUUAUUCAUGUUAGAACACCGUAUCGAAAUAUGUCAUACAAUUCCAUGUCACCAAAGCAGUCUUAGAGGAUGGAUUUUUUCAGUGUGCCCAAACAAGACUUGCUUAACUGCAUUGAAAAGUGUACUUGAGUUAUAAUGUGCAGCAGAUGCUUAAAUUCAGAAUUUUAAAGUGAUUUCUGGCUUCCUGUGUUAACACAGGUUUUGUAUUUGCAUUCUGGAGACCAUAGACUGAUGCACAUACCAGAAAGAGGACUUGUCUGCAAUCACAGAAAUAACAGAGUUGGGAUUUGCCUUCCUGGCUCUGGGUACCACACUCUGCAGCGGAGUUUAUAAUGGGCUUGAAAUCGUAGUUGUAAGGCUGUUUACUUUCAGUGCACAGGAAUGCGGUAUGUCCAAGCGAACCAACAGAUGUCUCAGUGAGAGUAGCAUGGUGCCCAUGAAACUCUUUCCUGUGCCUUUUGGAUAAUCCUAAUCCUGCCGUUGUCUUGACUGAAAGCCUCGUAGCACUUGUAGGUACAGCGCAGUACAGCAAGCCAUUCUUUGGACGACAUAGAGUGAUAUCUUAACUGCAGCUUCAGAGACUUGAGCAAAUUGUUCAGAUCUACAGUUAUUUAUAACCAAUUUCAUACUUUUUAAUCUUGAAAGACUUUGUCACGCAUAUAGAAAAGUAUAAUGUGUGUGCUUGAAUGUAAGUCCCUAUGAUGUUUCUGGAAAAGCGAAAGUAUUACUGCCGUUGUAAUUUCUUCUUGCUGGUAACUUGCUGUCUUGUGUCAAUGACAAGUCUGCAGUGUAGAAUCACGUACAAUUACCAAAGCUUUUCUAUUCCGUAUACAUAUAGCCAAAAGUGAUGUUUCAUGGAUUAGUAGUCACUUAUAGAUAGUGUAUAUCCACCAGUAGGCUGUCGCUGACUGAGUAAAGCAGGUACUACUAAAAAGUGAUUGACACUGCCCAUGUUUCAGAGAUAUGGGUGUUCAUAGUUGCUGUUCUGAUAUGCAAAAUUCAUGCCCGCAUUAAAAUGAAGAGUUUUCUUUUUAAAGCUCUUUCUAAUUUAAUCUUAUUCUUGUAAUUCUAAAACUAAUGCAUAAGCUUGGUGACUAAACCUGGUGACUUCUAUAGCUGGGUUUGAGCUUUGGGACAUUUAAGGAAUGCCAUGAAGAUGGAUUUGUGACCUAACCUGCUUUGUGCGCCAUAGUGAGAGCAUUCCAAAGCUGCUGGGAUGCAGUCAGUCCUCUCAACAUGACAGUCAGAUGUCACCCACAGUUACCUACCUGGGUGUUGGUGAUGCCUUCAGGAGGAGUCACUAAUGCACACCAAAGGAUCAGGCAGAAUUUCUCCCAACCCGCGUCUUCUGAAUCAAAAUCCAUGAUCAGAAAACAAAGGAGCUCCUUUCUCUGUUUAUUUCCCCCACUUAGCCUGCAUGAUUUAUUUUUCCUUCUAGCUGACAGAGCUUAAACACUGCAUAGGUGGUGGCCACCGAUAGCUCCUGAAAAAGGUGUGUGUACAGCUUUAGAUCAGGGGUCCUGUCAUUUGAACCCAGGACGCUGCAGCUCCCGGGUUCCUGGAGCAAUCCUUGGGUUUUCUCUAGCAAUAUAUACAUGCAUGGAAUUGAGGGAUAGGUGGAAUAGAGGAAAUAAAAAUUCUCACAUUUCAAAGCAGUCACACCUUGGCUAGGACUUGGUUUUCAUAAACUUAUUUUCAAGGGAGAGGAACUGGAUUAAAACAGAUAAAAGUUGUAUCUCAUGGUUCAGCCCUUAUGUUGAGUACAUAGAUGAAGAUUGGAGGUGUCAGGGGCUUCUGCUGAGAGAUAAAGAAAAGGAUACUCCAACUCCGGGUGGAUAAUCAUGGCAAAUAGAGCUUUUUCGUGGUUUUUACCCUAGAACUAGAUGAUACUUUUCCCCAGAGGUUUAUAUGAUGUGACAUAAAAACAAGGAUUGCAUUUUCUUUUCUGAACAGCCAUUAGAUUGUUGGUUCCCUAGUGUUUGCUUCUUGUUAAUACCCGUAAAAAAGGUGGUGUCAACUUAAAAUUGGAAUGGUUUAUUAAAAUAUAGUGUCUGUCAUCUCAGACCUCACAGGAGUUGUAUAAUGGAGUAUCACUGUAAAUACGUGGAGGAGACUUAGAUUAAUUGGAACGUAGGCUUUUAGUUUUCAUGAAGCUAUGAAUAAAAAUUUGUAAAUUUACUCUUGAUCUAAUGUACAUUUUUAUGUAGCCAUUAAAUUCUCUAUUUAAUCUAUCGGUUUCUCACUGUAAAUGUUUUUACUCUCAGUUGAAUGCUGGGCACAGUUUGUAAUGUAUGUACACAAAGGUGUUUUUUUUCUAUCAACGUUGACUUUUUUGCACAUUUUUGGAAAUAUUUAAUUUGUACACUGAUUUAAUACUCUGACCAAUUGUCAGUGGGUGUAUGAGAAUCACGUGUGUGUGCAAUGUACUACUGUCUGGAUGUAUGGUUUUUUUAUUACUUUUGAGAUGUUGCUACCAGUAACUGCACUGCUGUUGCUGCUUUACAUGGAAUAUCUUGUGUAUAAAAAAAAAAGAUAAAAAGAAUUAAACAAUUAGCCUAUGGUUAUCAUGGUUGAGGAACUCAGGAGUUGGGCAUUGCUUACUAGUUCCGUUGUCUAACAACCUUCCAAACUUAAAAAUGAACAAACAACCCCCCCUUGUAAUUCUGUGUAUGCAUUGAAUGUGUGUGUAUAUAUCCCAGUAAUCUUAUUCCACAGUUUCAUUUCUACAUUUUUAUGAACUUGUUUUUUAAGGGUACUAUGUUUAGUUAGAAUAAUUAAAUAUAUAAAAGCUUUGAGAGAUGAUUUACUAGAUAAAUAUAUUUUCAGCUGGCUGAUGUUCAAAAUAUUUUUUUAAUUUUUGUUUUUAACCAUUCGAAAUGUAUUUGUAUUUCCAAAAUCAGACACGAAUUGUACUUAGAAAUAUAUUAAAACACUCUGUAGGGA